AUGGCUGAUAUCAAUGUAUUCAAUACAUUCAGCUUCAAAAAAUGGUCGGAAAGGUUACGAGAACAGAAGAUCGAAGAGGAAAUUCAACGACAACGAAUCGAACAGGUACGUUCAAUAAUGACCGUGAUGCUAAACGCAUAAGAAUCGAACUUUAGGUGGCCAGAUUGCGCGACAAAUUGGCCAGGGAAAGAUCGAUCAGAGAGAUGGCCGAUAUGCUGAACGAGGAUGAUGUGGAGAAGUUAAUAGACUUCCUUAACGAAAAAAUGAAGGCCAACAAACCAGCCCCGAAUAAUUCGGUGUUUUCGACUGGAGGAGUUUGUAAGUUAACUGUACAGUACGGGACAGGAUCCAGUUGUCAAAAGUACGUCUGAUUUCCUCGGCGAGGCAUUCCGAAUGCCGCAAAACACCUCUCACUCUCUCGGUAAGAAAAUAAAAUUCUUGUGAAGAGGGCCUCUUCUUUCAAAAACGGCAACUUUCAUCCUCACCUCAAAAGAACGGUCGGAGAGAAGUGUACGUAUUUUGAGACAUUCGAAAUGCCUCGCCGAGGCAAUCAUAAGUAAAUGGAUCCUGUUCCGCACCGUCCCUUAAACGACAGUUUCAGUCACAACUACUCUUCUCAACAUCCCAAACGCUGUUCCUGUUAAUAACACAAGGAUUACAGUAAAGGCCAAGGAAAAGCCUUCCAAGAGUAAGUCUCAUAAAACCCACGUUUUCUAAACGGGUGCCAUCGUGAUGCUAAUUUAUAUACUCUAAUAUUACUUACAGGACCUGAUAGAAAACUCAGCUUUAACUAUAACAGAAAAUGGGAAGAGAUGGCCCGAAAGGGAAAGGAAAAGAGUAAAAUAAGACCCCAGAAUCAGGACUUUAAGAUUUACGACUUUAAUUACAACCGACGUUAUGGUGAUAUCGUGUAA